UUUUCCUUCCGGGCAGAAUUUACCGGGGCGCUCGUUACAUGACCUGAGAGAAUCACGCCGGUUACGAAGAAGCGCUGAAGAUGUCAAAAGUCUGCGUUCGUUUAUCACGGCUUUCAUUAGGUCGCAGUGUUUUUACAAGCAGAACACACGCGAAUUUAAAACCGUGCUCCACAAGGAUGCUGUCUCUAACAUCACAGCUUAAUGCAAAGUCCAGGAAACCUCCAGAUGAUGACGACGAGGAGUUAUCCAAGCCCAUCCAGUUCUCAACCAGCAAAGCCAGUCACCGAGCCUGGAAAGUGGACCGUUCAAUGGGCAGCGGCUACCAGAGGCCCGUGUGGAAAGUCCUGCCCCUCAGCCUCGUUGCGGUGGGCUUCGUCACCUGGUGCAUUUUCAGGAGAGAGACCGAGAUCGACAAGUCUCUGGAGAAAAACCUCCACGAACAUUUACCGGGCCUGCUGUCCGAUGAAGAACAGGAGGAAGUCAGCACCAAAAACAAACCCUCAUAGUGGCUUAACGGGGACAUUUUUGAUUUGUAAAGUUUAUUUAUUGUUCAACGAUGCCUUUUGGAAGAAUUCCACCGUCCACGUUUUGUGCUCUCGAGAGCGGCUGUAUCAUCUGUAGAUGGGUUUAUAUUGAGUAGUGUAAAGCCAGUAGCAUUGUACUAAAAGCAUAGAGGAGAGUUUUUUUUUUAAACUUGUAAUUGUGUGACUGGCAGUAUUCAGGAAACCGUUCUUAAAUGCAUUGAAAACAUACUUCAGAUGCUAAAUAAAUGACUUAAGCAUUGUGAUUAAAGUGUG